UAUUCCUUGUUAUCUACCUGUGACAAUGGCCCGGCAUUUCAAAGAACAAGAUAUUGAUGAAUUCAGGGAGUGUUUCUCUCUCUAUGCUCGCAAUGGACAGAUUCGUACUUUGGACCAGUUGACUGUGAUUAUGCGUUCCCUUGGAAUGAGUCCAACCAUUUCUGAGCUUAAAAAAUACUUCAAGGAUAAAGGUGGAAAGAUGAGCUUCCCUGACUUUCUGGAUGUGAUGCACAAGCACAGCCAGGUGGAGAAGAUACCAGAGGAGAUCCUUGCUGCCUUUAAGGGGCAUGACCCACGUAACACUGGCAGCAUCCCAGCACGUGAUCUGCGCCAUAUUCUUUUGCAGUGGGGUGAGAGGCUUAGUCACAAAGAAGUUGAACAGAUCUUCCGUGAAGCCAACAUCUCCCCCAAUGGUGUUGUACGCUACCAUGACUUCUGCAGGAUUGUGUGCGCUCCUGUGCCUGACUAUUACUGAUGUCCUGAAGAGUUUUGUGUGCUCUUGUGCCUGACUGUUACUUAAUGCCAGUUUCUUUUUUCUUGAUAUUUAUGAAGA